CUUAUCUGGCAUAGCAGGGGGGUGGCAUUAUCACACUCAUCCGAAUCUUCACCGUUCACAAGUUCACACCAGCUCGGACUCACAAGUCAGCUCGCACCCACAGUCUCCUAUUACCUACGCUAUUGUGGCUGUGGUGUUCUUGUCCUACGAGGCCUCAUCGUUCAUUGUCUCUCCGACAUUAAAUAACUUGACAGCUUGACCAACUCCCACUUCUCGAUUUCCAGCUCAACCACACCGUUCACCAAUCGCAUCACCACUGUCCUCGUAGCAACAGCUCACUCACAAACACUCUAUUUCACAAUGCCUUCCCAGCUGCCUCCCGGAAUUCGCAUUAGCCAUGGCCUUCACCCAGCCAACACCGGAAAACGGCGGUCUCUGGUCGCAACCCAGUCCUUCUCUCCGGGUAGCCAGAUAGCCACCUUCUCCAACCCCCUCAUCGCCCUCCCCGACGGCCCAUCGAUGCGCACAACCUGCAACUACUGCCUCCACGUGGGCUCUCCAGAAUCUGAUGCCACCGACUCAGGAAGAGGAGGGCGGGGAGGAGGAGGAGGAGGAGGAGGAGAGGGACAGCAACAGCCGCAACAACUGCGGGCGUGCACGGCCUGCAAGGCAGCAGUCUACUGCAACGCCACGUGCCAGCGUGCCCACUGGCGGGUGGUGCACAAGCUCGAGUGCAAGAUGUUUGCCCGCGUGCGGGAGAACGCCGGCAAGGACUGGCUGCCGACGCCUGUACGGGCUGUCGCGCAGGUCUUGAUGCUCUUGAAGAGUGGAGAUCCGGCUAUCAAAGAGGCUUUUGAAACGGGGGAUGGGUUGGAGGGGAACGUAGAGGGUUUCAGGGCAUAUGAGGAGGUGUGGAAGGACUUUGAACUUCAAGCUACUGCGGCAGUGGUGUACGCUGGGUUGCUGGAGGGAGAGGAGAUGCUGGCAAAGGCAAGGGAGGUGUUGUGUAAGAUACAAACGAAUGCCUUCAAUCGGUUGGAUGCCGAUACGGGUAUGACGGGCAUCUUUCUCGACGCCGGGUUGGCGAUGGUCAAUCACUCCUGCGUCCCGAACGCGUUUGUCGGGUUCCAUAAGAGGACAGCUGUGCUGAGGGCAGAAAGGCCGAUUCAGGAAGGGGAGGAAAUCACGAUCUCUUAUAUCGAUAACAUGCUGCCCACGUCGGCGCGACACGAGGCACUGAGACUGUACCAUUUCGAGUGCGUCUGCCCUCGAUGCUGGGACGACUUGGAUGUCUAUGAGGUUUGCCAAGCUUCGCCUCACAUCUAUCUCAACGCAUUCAGCCUCCAGCCGGACCUGUCAAAGCUACAAGACCCGCCAAUUGACAGGUCGAAGGUGACCAGGGCAGAGAUCGAAGCAAUUUACAAGAAAUGGCAGACUCUCGCCCCGCCACAAGGCGAUGACGAGGAGGAACACCUAAAAUUCGCCUGCAAGCGAUGGGAGCUAUGCAGGCCCCUCGUCGAAGCUAAGAUGUGGGCUGUUGAGCCAUUACCGACAACCAUAAAUCAGCUGGCCAUCCGCUGGCAAACCAGCUACAAGAUGGUUGUUUACGCCCUGCCCUUGCUAUGUUUCCUUAGCACGGAGUGCGACCCCUUCAAACUGGUGGCGCCAUUCCAGCCGUGGAGAAUCAAGGGCGUAGUGGCUAUCAUCAAAAUGUUGGCCCUCACUGGAGAGUUCACGGCGAGCGGGGCGCUCGCAACGAGAUGCGCACACGAAGGUCUAGUAGGAACCCUAGCUAUGGCGGACCAGGUCAGCAUAUGCGAAGCGCUACUUCGCCUCGCUGUCCGUCAUGGAUCUAUCGGCGCGGCAGAGGAUUGGGACGUACUGAAACAAGCUAAGUCGAUGCUGGAAGACCUCGAAAGCCUGGAGGGACGAGAGCACGAGUCGAAUCUGAUCCGAGCAUGGGCAAGAGAUCCGGAGGACCCCGAAGGUGCUGCCUUCUUCGAGGACCAAGUGCUCAGACCCAUCAAGACGCUUGCGUCUUUUGCACCUCAGAUUUUAGAGGCGAUGCUGGGCCGCAAUAGCCCGGUCAAGCAA